AUGGGCGCCCCGGAGGCGACCGGCGAUAGAUGCGGAGUGGAGGCGUUGGAUGGGUACGAUGUGGCCAACCUCAUCAAUGAGCCGCUGGUGGUAUUUGUGUGUGCAACCACCGGGCAGGGUGACCCACCUGACAACAUGAAGAUGUUCUGGCGGUUUCUGUUCCGGAAGAACCUGCCUCCCAGUUCCCUCUGCCAGCUGGACUACGCCGUGCUGGGCCUUGGCGACUCCUCCUAUCCCAAGUUUAAUUUUGUUGCGAAGAAGCUGCACAAGCGGGUGCUACAGCUUGGAGGCAACCCUCUGCUGCCCGUGGCGUUGGGAGAUGACCAGCAUGACUUGGGGCCGGAUGCAGUGAUUGAUCCAUGGCUCCUGGCCUUAUGGGACAAGAUCCUCGCCUUGUAUCCUCUCCCUCCUGGCCUCGAGAUCAUCAGUCCAGAUGUAUGCCUACCCCCAAAAUACACCCUGCACUACCUGGCUGAGGACUCCCCGGAGCCUGAUGGUGGCCUGCUGCAGCCAACAGCACCCCGGGCUCUUCCCUCGGAGCUGCACCCCUUCGCUGCCCGGAUGGUGUCCAAUCAGCGGGUCACAGCAGAAUCCCACUUCCAGGAUGUCCGGCUCAUCGAGUUCGAUGUCACGGGCUCAGGGAUCACGUUCAGCGCGGGAGACGUCGUGAUGAUCCAGCCCCAGAACUGCCCCGAAGACGUGCAGCAGUUCUGCCAGCUCCUGCGCCUGGAUCCAGACAGACGCUUUGUGCUGAAGCCCUCAGAGCCUGGCGUUUCCCUCCCUGCCCUGUUGCCGCAGCCCUGCACCAUCCGACACCUGGUCACCCACUACCUGGACAUCUCCUGUGUGCCACGGCGCUCCUUCUUCGAGCUCUUGUCCUACUUCUCUACGAAUGAGCUGGAGCGGGAGAAGCUGCAGGAGUUCAGCUCUGCACAGGGCCAGGAAGAGCUGUACAGCUACUGCAACCGGCCCCGCAGGACCACACUCGAGGCUCUCUGGGAUUUCCCUCAGACCACGUGUGCCAUUCCACCCGAAUACCUGCUGGACCUCAUCCCUCGCAUCAGACCCCGCGCCUUCUCCAUCGCCUCCUCCAUGCUGGCUCACCCUGACCGGAUCCAGAUCCUCAUGGCAGUAGUGCGGUACAAGACGCGGCUCAGCAAACCCCGCCGUGGUCUCUGCUCUACCUGGUUGGCUUCUCUCAACCCAGAGCAAGGUGAUGUCCGGGUGCCUCUUUGGGUGAAGAAAGGAGGAAUGAAGUUCCCAGCUGACCCUGACACCCCUGUGAUCAUGAUUGGCCCUGGCACAGGAGUGGCACCUUUCCGAGCAGCGAUACAGGAGCGAGUGGCACAAGGACGUAGAGGGAACUGCUUGUUCUUCGGCUGCCGCCAGAAAUCCAAGGACUUCUACUGCCAGGUGGAGUUUCAGGGCUUCCUGACGCUCUUCACUGCCUUCUCCAGGGACCAGGAGGAGAAGAUUUAUGUUCAGCACUGCAUCCGAGAGAACCGAAGGCUGGUGUGGGAGCUGCUGAGCAGCGGGGGUGCUCAUGUCUACCUGGCUGGGUGAAUACUCUCUCCUUUUUGGAAUGCCAAGCAGAUGCCAGCGGCAGUGGCCGAAGCCCUGCGGUCGGUGUUGCAGCUGGAAGGUGGCCUGUCACCCUCCGAAGCAGAGGAGCAUUUAACAGCCCUGGAACGGUCCCAGCGCUUCCAGUCUGAAACCUGGUCGUAA